UUUUGUCUGAUGAAUGUAGAAGAAGACUGAGUUUCUGUUUGUAGUCAUUGAGCAGCAGGCUAAGCUAAUAGGGCUGGUAGCUGACUACAGAGAUGUUUGGGUGUUUGGUGGCCGGUAGGUUGGUUCAGACUGAUGCGGUGCAGGUCGCCUCUGAUAAAUUCGUCUUUAAUCUGCCAGAUUAUGAGAAUGUGAACCAUGUGGUGGUGUUCAUGCUGGGGACCGUACCUUUCCCGGCCGGAAUGGGAGGAGCCGUCUACUUCUCCUUCCCCGACCCAGUGAGUGGCGCUCCUGUGUGGCAACUCCUCGGCUUUAUCACCAACGAAAAGCCCAGCGCGAUCUUCAAGAUCUCCGGCCUCAAGGCUGGGGAGGGCGGGGCGCACCCUUUCGGCGUAAUGGCCUACGUGUCUCCAUCCGUGGCUCAGGUCGGCGUGUCUGUGGAAACUCUGGAUCAGCUGGCUCAGCAGAUCCCAGUGUCCAGCGCCGCUGUGUCCGCUGUGGACACGUUCAUGCAGUUCACCCAGAAGACGCUGGACAGCCUCUACAACUUCGCUUCAUCGUUCGCUCUGUCCCAGGCGCAGAUGACGCCGAACCCCACAGAGACCUUCAUCCCUUCCAGCUGCAUCCUUAAGUGGUAUGAGAAUUUCCAGAGAAGAAUGGCACAGAACCCGAACUUCUGGAAAAACUAAAAAAAAAAAAACACGGAACCAGAUGCAGCACCAAGUCAGCGCCUUUAUGGAAACAGUAUUUCUGCCCUCAGAUCGGACACGCUUUCUGUUCCAUAGUGGACAUGUUUGGCUUUGAGAUUGUCUCAGUUUGUGCACAAAACCCAGAAGAGACUCAGAGUGUCUGUUCCUGUUUGAACGUCUUACACAAGUCUUCUUCGUGAGCUUGUUUUCAUAUUCACUUCACUAACUCAUCAAGGCUUUGCUACCAACACAAGUGAUUCCUAAAUAAAUCCUGAACUAGCCGAAAACUCUUUAUGUAUUUAGUUUUUAAAUUAACCUCAUGCUCUCAUGAGAGUGUAGACUGCCUUUAAUGGGCCAAUUCUCCUUGCCAUAUCUACAACCCUUAGGAAUUUCAUCAGCAAUAUGAGGUUAUGAUUGCUCAGGAACACUAUUAAAAAAAAAACCUCAUCGGUCUGUAGAAACCAACCUCUGGCUUUCUAAUACAAUAAAUCACAAAAAAUCACAAAUAUUUUAUCAACAAUCAAACCUGCUGGAACAUUAAAUACAGCAAAAAAAAAUAACGUUCAUAGAAAUUAUGUUUGCCACACUGCGACAGCACUAUAUGUCUCAGGUAAAAGUUUUCGUACUCUAAAGUUCUUAAGUGUUUUUAUGAUUCUUCAUUUUUUCCUUGUUGAGGUGAUGGUGGCAGUGGUGGUAGGGGUUUCUCUUGUAACCGGUGGGUUGCCGGUUCGAAUCUAUCUCAGUUGUGUCCUUGGGCAAGACACUUCACUUGCCUUGCCUGCUUCAGGUGGUCAUAGAGCACCAUAGUGGUGCCUAUUUUAUGGCAGCCUCACUUCUGUCAGUGUGUGAAUGAGUAGAUGACUGAUUGUAGUGUUAGGUGCUUUGGUGUCUCCUGACUUGAUAAAGAGCUAUACAAGUACAGGCCAUUUACCUUUUUUACCAUUUUGGUUUUAUUUCCUAGGCAUCACCAUUCCUUCAAGAAUGAUGUGUGAUCUCAUUAUUUUACGAUGGGUGUUUACUGAAAAUUAUUUAAAUAAAAUAGAUUUGGUUUUUG